CAAGAUUACGUCCAACGUUUUCUUCCCUCCGAGAAUUUGGUCUUCAUGGAACAACCACCUAAUUCCUCUUCUCCCGAUCAGACUGUCCAAUAUUCACCCCAAGACGUUGUUGUCUUCCACCCUCCUGAUAAAAUCCAAUUCUUCGUUCGUAUGAUGUCCGAAAGCAAAACCCUUGUCCUCCAUGGAAACCCACAAGAUAAAGUGCAUUCCAUCCUUCAAAAGAUUCAAUCGCUCACUGGAAUUCCCGUUUCUGAGCAACGAUUGAUUUACGGCAGGAAGCAGCUUCAGUCCGACCAGACUUUGUCUGAAUGUAUGAUCACAAACGACUCCGGAUUGCACUUGGUGGGUCGAAUGAGGAGCUGUUGGCAUCCGGAAGCUUGGCAAGUGAUUAACGAUUUAGUUUCAAUGAUUUGUAGGUUAUUUAGAGGAGAACCUGAGGCUAGUACUGAGUUCGUCAAAAUAGAGUUGAUGGAGUUCUUAAGCAUGAUACCGGAGAACCAAAUCAAUCAUGCUGCCGUCAAAGAUCACCUCCAUAUAUUUACAUCUUCUUGUGUUCUUGAAGCUCUGGUAAUGCUCUAUAUGUCUUCAGAUAAACGUAACAAAGAUUGUGCUAAAGAAUCUAUUCAAGAAUUCAUAACUUCUAUUCGCUUCAUGUUACCACAACCUGUAUCUUCACAGUUUGUGCCUCUAGUCUUAGAAUUAUGUAAAAUGCUUCAAAGUGCUGCUGGAUACGAUGAUUCUUUGUACAAAUUAUGUCGGGGUAGUUUAGGAGUUAUGGUGAAGAAUGCAAAGAAUUAUCAUAGUGGUGAUGAUGAUGAUGAUGAUAACAAGGUGAUCAUUUCAUUACAAGACAUGUUUCCAUUUGCAGCCGAGCUUGCAAAUAAGUUAUCGAGGGGUUUGGUUUCAAGUGUGGAGUCUCCUAGUAAUUUUGGGCCGUUGAGAGGUGAUGUGAAUGAUUUUAUGGCCUUCAUGAAGCCAUUGAAGACUGCUGUCAAAUAUCAGGUGGUUUCUCCCCGACCAAUGUUGCCAUCUAACUCCAAAUUCACAGAUGCAAUCAACAAGGCUGCUGUCAAAUAUCAGGUGGGUUCUCCCCGACCGAUACUGCCACCGAACUCCAAAUUCACAGAUGCAAUUAACAAAAUCAAGUUUCUUUAUGUGCUUUUUGAUGGUUUGCUGACCACAUUGGUAGCAUGCCUUAAAAAAAUGGAGGUUUUGGUGAUUGAAAAAAAAGAAAAUGGUGGAUGGGAUCAAUAUCUUGUUAUAUUGAAGGAGUUGCAUGAUAUUUCUAAACUCUACCGAGGUGGAGAAGAGUAUUUUUGGACGAAUUUGAAGGAUUUCAAGCGUUCAUUGUGUCAUUUGAUUGUUAGAUAUGCGAUAAGGGAUGAGGAUUAUGGAUGGAUUCUUCAGCAGAAGGAUGCUAUCAACUUUGAAUCUAGGAGGCAUUUGGUAAUGCUGCUAUUUCCAGUGGUGAUGGAUGAGAAUGAUGAUAUCCAUGAGAUGCUUAUCAAUAGAACACAGUUGUUGGCCGAAUCUUUUGUGUAUAUUGCACAUGAAGAUCCUGAUAGGUUGCGUAGCGGAUUAUUUAUGGAGUUCAAAGAUGAGGAAGCAACAGGGCCUGGUGUACUGCGGGAAUGGUUUUUCUUGUUGUCUCAAGAAAUCUUUAAUCCUAAAACUGGUUUAUUUGUUGCUUGCCCAAAUGACCCUAGAAGAUUCUUUCCAAAUCCUGCAUCCAGAGCGGACCCUUUGGACCUUGAAUAUUUUAACUUUGCAGGCAGAGUUAUCGCCUUAGCCUUGAUGAAUAGAGUACCAGUUGGUAUUGUCUUUGAUCGUUCAUUUUUCUUGCAAUUGGCUGGAAAAAAUGUGUCUUUGGAAGACAUAAAGGAUGUAGACCCGUUCUUAUAUAGUAGCUGUCGGAAAAUAUUGGAUAUGGAUCCUUUAGCUGUAGAUGAAGAUGCCCUUGGUUUAACGUUUGUUUGGAAUGUCGACAAAUUAGGAGCCAUGGAUGUUGUAGAGCUUUGUCCUGGUGGCAAAAAUAUGAUCGUAAAUAGCAAAAACAGGAAGACGUACGUUGAUCUUCUUAUCCACCAUUGUUUUGUGGUGUCUGUUGCUGAACAGAUAUCACACUUUGCUAGAGGAUUUACUGAUAUCGUUGGCGGAGAAAAUAUUCUGAAAAUGUUCUUCAGCAGCUUGACGCUUGAAGAUUUUGAUAAGAUGCUUCAUGGGAGUGAAACUGAUAUUUCCGUGGUAGAUUGGAAAGCACAUACAGACUAUGAAGGUUAUUCACCAACCGAUCCUCAGAUAUAUUGGUUCUGGAAGAUUGUUGAAGAAAUGACAGGUGAGCAGCGGAAGGUUCUUCUGUUCUUUUGGAUCUCCAUGAAGUAUCUACCAGUAGAAGGUUUUGGUGGCUUAACUUCGAGGCUUUAUAUUUACAAAUCCAAAGAAUCCUUUGAUCAUCUGCCUUCUUCUCAUACAUGCUUCUAUCAAAUCUGUCUUCCUGCUUACCCAUCAAUGGACGUGAUGAAAAACCGCUUAAAUGUCAUCACUCAACAUCAUGUUGGCUGCAGCUUCGGUACUUCUUGAACACCCGAAAACCCGACAAUUUUGACACCAAUUGCACAUAUUAAAGAUUGGAUCGACUCAAAUUGUACAGAAAGUAGACUAAUGGUUUCUUGAAUGUUUGUUUUUGGAAUCAGAAAUGGUACCAGUGCUAUGCUUUCUGCUUUUUAUCAUCCAUCUUGGUUAACUUGUUGU